CGCAACAGUUCGUUUAGCUCUGCCUCCAUAUUCCACUCUACAUCAAGAUCAUUUCUAUGUCGUCAUUCUCUUCGCCAUGCUCUCUGCCUUCCUCGUCAUCUACCCCGCUGUCUACCUCCUCUUCAUGACUGUCACCCUCGUCAUGGUCGCCCCCAUUAUCACCCAUGACAGAGACGGAAAUGUUCUCGCUCGCAGUCGCUCUGUCGGAGUCACCCUCGCACUCCCCCUACGGAACUUCGACGAUCUUGUAGCACUUUUCGCGCAUCCCGAUGUAGGUAAGUUAGAUUUCAGGUAUAAUAGCGACAAGGUCGACUAA